UUCUCCUAGCGGCAGGAUAUUAUUAUACAGGAAAUGCAUUAGUCUUUAGCAUAGCAUUUUCAUAAGAGUGUCUUUAGACACCAAACAAUAUAGUUAUACACUAUUAUAACGUAUCUAGCUAUCUUUCCAAUUAUACUUUAGUUUGCUAGCUGUGGCAUACACCGUUAGCUACUUGAGUCUUCUAAAAAUUCUAAGCUGUUAACUAGUUAAAUUAGUUAGCUAAAUCUAGCCUCUGGAACCGGAAAGGAGAGGACAAAACAACAAGGCACUGGACUGGCUGAACUUCCCAGCUUCCUGGCUCUACUCAUCCCAUUCUCCAGACAGACAGUGAGGCAGGAUGUUGGGUCUGUGGUGCAUGGGUGCCCGACUGGGCGUUCUCACUCUGGCGCUGUGCUGCACACUGGCUCCCUUACCUGCACACGCAUACAUCUAUGCUCAUUACAGCAAUAUGACCAACAUGUUGUUUGAGGACCUGCCUGCCUUUUUUGGAUCAUCACUACCCAAAGAAGGACUUAUGGGUGUGUUAGUAGAGUCACGACCACUCAACGGCUGCACUCCGAUAGAACCCCCACCACCACUGACCACAUCUAGUGAUCCCAACACGACCACUACUAAGUACAUAGUCCUCAUCCGACGCUAUGACUGCAAUUUUGAUAUCAAGGUGCUGCAUGCACAGCAAGCUGGAUUCAGUGCAGCCAUUGUUCACAACAUGUACUCAGAGACUCUACUCAACAUGAACUACAGCAAUGAAACUAUUGCAGAAGAGAUUGAGAUCCCCUCUGUAUUCACCAGCUACUACGCCUCCCAAAUUCUCAAGACCUUCAUCAUUCCUGAACAAGGGGCCUAUGUGAUCCUCAAGCCGGAGUUUGCCUUCCCACUCUCAUACUAUCUUAUCCCCUUCACUGGAAUAGUGGGCAUGAUCAUCCUUGUGAUGGUUGUCAUCCUGAUUGUGCGCUGUGUGCAGUACAGGAAAAGGAUGAGGAAAUAUAGGCUGACUAAGGAACAGCUGAAGAGGAUCCCCAUUCACAAGUUCACUAAAGGUGAUGAAUAUGAUGUUUGUGCUAUUUGUCUGGAUGAGUAUGAAGAGGGUGACAAACUGCGAGUUUUGCCUUGCGCACACGCGUACCACAGCAAGUGUGUGGACCCCUGGCUUACAGGGACUAAGAAAACUUGCCCUGUGUGUAAACAACGCGUAACCCGACCUAAUCCAGAGUAUUCUGAGUCCGAGUCUGAGGAUGAUGGGGCACCUCGUGCAGACCAGGAGGGGGCAGAGGGUGAAGCUGACACAGAGCGCACCCCUCUGCUCCGCCCCUCCAACCCAGGCUCCCCUUCUGGCAACCCAGGGGCCUACUCUGCCACUGUCACCACGGUAACCACCGCCCAGUGCCUAGGCUCCCCCGGUCACAGCGACUCGCCCAUCCUGGAGUACGAGGGCUACUACUCCCCUCAGGAGGAGUCAGACUCUGAUACCGAGGAAGAGGGGAUGGACUCCCACCCCUCAGAUGAUGACACUGCCCAGCUCAUUGUUAGGGGUGCAGUGGGGGUCUGAAAGCCUGGAGGGAGCUGGGAUUAAAUUACUUUGUGCUAGCUGAAAAGGGUCAGGCUUGUCCCCGCAGGGUGUUUUUAAAUGGUUUAUGGAGCUGUGGCUAUGAAGUUGUCUCAGCCAUAGACUUUCUAGAACACUAUUGUCACUUUGGUUACGUAGAACAGAUUUACAUAUUUUAUCCAAUUUAGACUCAAUGUUGCUAGCUCUAAGAUGUUAAUAUUUAGCCAAGAUUCUGUUAUGUUUUAGCAGGUCUGUCUUCAACAUGAGGCACACAUUGAUAAGUACAGUAAAUCAGUUCAAACAUUUAGCUUUGAGUCUUUGCCAGUGAACUAUAACCCUCCCACCCAUCCCUAAAACUUAAGAUUUGCACAAAAUGAAUCAACUGACAGGUAGUCUCAAUCUUAACUAGCAGUAUUUAGUUGAAUACAUUUUUUCAAUGCACUACUUGACAAUUGACAUACCCCAAAUUCUUAUUUUCAAUGAACAUAUUGUACAAGGAGAUAACCCACCUGAGAUUAUUUUUGUAGUUAUUGAGUAGACUCAAGUCAUCCACCAGUUGUUCUUCAUAUUUCUUCAAAAAUUUUAUUCUAGUAUUACAUUGUUAUUGCAUUGUUGGGUUUUGAGUUUGAAAGAAAGGCAUGUCACUGUACUUGUGCAUGUGACAUUAACUUAACUUGAGUUGAAAGGAAACUACAGUGCUGCAGUCUCAUUAA